UAUUGCCUUUUGAAAGGAGCAGAAGGAGCAAAAAUUAUACCCAAGACAAGUUCCGUAGGUCUGUCCCGUGAUCUCCCUGAGGGCAGGAUGGGCUCAAAGUCCCUCAGGAUAUCCCUUCCUUUAUGGACUCUGAUUUUGGAAACCACUUUCAUUGUGGUUUUCUUCUUUUUCACAUCUUAUGAGACGCCCUUAAAGAAAUUGGAGCUUCUGAAGAGAUAUCCAGCCUUCCAGGACAUCAAUGUGAUGGCGGUUCUUGGACUGGCCUUCCUCAAGGCUUCUUUGAGGAGGUACACAUGGAGCAGCGUGGCCUUCAACCUCUUCACCCUGGCCCUCGGGGUGCAGUUGGCCAUUAUCCUGGACGGCUUCCUGUUCUCUUUCUCCAGUGGGAGGAUCGUCAUCGACUUUCAUAGGAUCAUACUGGGUACCAUGAGUACUAUGUCUGUUCUCAUCUCAUCUGGGGCCGUCCUGGGCAAAGUCAACUUGAUCCAGCUGAUAGUAAUGACCUUGCUGGAAGUAACAGCUUUCCAAGGAACCAAGAAACUCAUCCAGGACAUCCUUAAUAUGGACGAACAUGAGAGCAUGAUGCAAAUCCACGUGUUUGGGUCUUACUUUGGUAUGACCGUGGCCUGGUGCCUCCCCCAGCCAAGGCUGAAUGCGGCUAAGGAGAAGGAGCGGAGAACCCCAACUUCUUGUCUGUUUACCACACUGGGUACCCUUUUCCUGUGGAUCUUCUGGCCUACCUUCAAUUCUGCCCUGAUAAAAUAUCCUUAUGAGAAAGAAACUGCUGUAUAUAACACUUAUUAUGCCCUUGCUGUCAGUGCUGUGGUCGCCAUCUCCUUUUCAGCUGCAACUCACUCUGAUGGGAAAAUCAGUAUGGAACACGUCCACAGAGCAACGCUGGCCGGAGGAGUCGCUGUGGGAGUCGCCACCAACCUCAUCCAAUCCCCUUGGCCUGCCAUGGUGCUUGGGUUUUUUGCUGGCAUAAUUUCCAUUGUAGGAGCCAAGUUCUUGCCGAGAUGUUUUAAUGAGAUAAUUGGCCUUCAUGACACCUGUGAUGUUCAUUCGACUUUCGGAUUGCCCGGGCUGCUGGGAGGGCUAAUCUGCAUUCUGCUGAUAAUUAAUCGAAGCGCCUGGACCGACUUGGUCGUCUUUCAGAUCCUAAUUUCGGUCGGCUAUCUCUGCCUGCCCAUGGCUAUGGGUUUGGCAGGAGGUUUACUGACAGGUGUAAUUUUAAAUCUCAACCUAUGGAAGGCACCAUCUACAGAUAAAUACUUCAAUGAUCAGGCUUUUUGGGAGUUUCCCCAUUUGGCUGUUGGAUUUUAAGCGAUGAAUUCAAGAAUUUCCGGAAGGCCAGCUGAGAGCCAGAGAAACCCCCCUUACAUUUCUUCUUCCUUUCAUUUGCUUUGACCUUUCCUCCAUCUUCUUGUGUGAUCCUGAACCAGUCAUUCUAGUCUUCAAAUCCCCUCUUUUGUAAAAUGGGGAAGUUAAGACUGGAUCACCUCUGAGGCCCCCUUUAUCUCUCAAGUUCUAUUUUCUUCUGAGAGUUAUAAACUAUUUAAUACACGUAUGAAGAAACAUGGUUGGACACGUUUUUGAUAUUAAUAAAACUAAAAGCUCUCCUA